UUGGGUAUCCCUUAAAUGUAAAGCAGUUUAUAAAUCCUGAAGUUAUGAUAGCCAUCUUCAAACAUCUCAAGGAAGAGGGAGCAUGCUUGUUUUCUCCUGCCCUGGAGGGUAGGACCCAACCAAUGGCUUCCAGUUACAAGAAAGGAGAUUCCAACUAAACAUCAGGAAGAACUUUCUGGCAGUAAGAGGUGAUGGACAGUGGAACAAGAGUCCCUCAGGAGGUGGUGGACUCUCCUUCCUUGGAGGUUUUCAAGCAGAGGUUGGGCGGCCAUCUUGCGUGGAUGGUUUAGUUGAGAUUCCCGCAUUGCAGGGGUUUCCACUAGAUGACACUUAGGGGUCUCUUCUAAGAUUCUAUGAUUAAAUACAAUAGAUAAAUUGCACUCUCUUCAUGAGACCAUCACAUCUGUGCAAAAACAGCUUCCUCCUCCCUAUUUGCAGACUUUUUAUUUCAGCCAAAGCUCACAUACCUUUGUUCCUUCACACAUGGCUACUUUGGCCAACUUGAAUCUCGUUCUGUUUGGCUUCCUGUCACCCCAUUAAUGAUUCAUUUUCUAUUUGCCUCCCUUGACUGUGGACCAAGGCAACUGCUUUAGCUUUGCAGAUGUUGUGUCGGUAUAAAACUGUGCGCCUUUAAGCAUCCCCCUGCGUGUGUGCGCAUCUCUGGAAGGACACUUCACAUGUAAACUCCGAAGGGAGAGCAGAGAAGGGGUGAGCUGAGGAAGCCAGUUUCUACCACAGCCAAAAUGGAGCUUCUGGCAGCUGCUGUGCUGAUGGCGGUGCUGAUGGGCUCUAAUGGCGAAAACCAAGCCGCCGUGGUUUCUGCAGACUGCAAUGAUGCAGGAAUAGAAAAGGAUGCUGGAGUGGCCCUCGACUUGAUCAAUAAGCACCGCAAGGAUGGCUAUAUUUUCACCCUCUUGCGUGUUGCCGAUGCUCACAUACAACAUGCGGGAAAUGAUUCCAUCAUGUACUUAACUCUGGAUGUGCUGGAAACAGAAUGCUCUGUAUUAUCUCGGAAAAACUGGUCAUCUUGUGGAAACAGGCCGUUCUACGGCUAUACAGACUUUGGGCGAUGUAAAGCUGUUGUGCAAAUAAACCGGUUCCUUGAGGAAGAGAAACUGCAUAGAUACAACUGCACUGUGAGCCCAGUUCCACCUGAAUUAUACGAGUGCAAGGAUUGUCCAGUGAGGGUAACAGUCAUAGAAGCCACUGAAGAGCACAUGAAGUACGCCAACGGGGUCUUGGAGCAAUACAAUCAGGACAGCAACCAGACGAACUAUUACAAGGUGGAGGAAAUAAAAAAAGUUUUCAGUGCGGUGGCCGAUCGUACGGCGUACGUUGUUGAGUUUACCAUCAAAGAAACCUCGUGCCCGAGAGCCAGUCUUGCAAGGAAUAUCUCGGCGUGUGAAUUUCUCCCUGACGGAACUGCGCACAAAGGACUCUGCAGAGGAAAAGCCGUUAAGGAGUCAGAUGCAAAAGAUCCCAGUGUGAUUGAAAUAGAGUCCUGUGAAAUCUUCGAUAUUCAAGAUACAGGAAAAGGUUGCCAUGUGUGCGGGCACACAUGCAGGCACCCGCCGCAUGGGCACCCUCACAACCAUGACCACCACCACCAUGGUCCUUGUCAACAUCAUCACCAUCACAGCUUCGGACCUCACCAUGGGCAUCACAAACAUCCUGGGCAUCACAGGCAUGGGCAUGGGCAUCAUGGGCAUGGGCAUCACGGGCAUGCAGGGCCCAGAGGUGACCACAAUUGCUCUGAAGAAUAUCCUGACUUCCCCCUCCUCCAGGACCUUGCUACCCUCCUCCACCCCCUGGCGGACCACACCAUUUCCCGCCUUUUAACGGUCCCCCACCUCCUCCAGGGCCACCACAUGGGCCUCUUUGCCAUCCUCCUCCCCCUGCCGAUGUCCCUGACGAUCGUCCCACAUCUCCCCAAAUCAGCGGGUUCGUAGGCAUAGCAACCACCACAAGCGCUGUCACGGCCCCAGGUGUCGUAUGAGGUCAGCUGGGAGAAGAGGAGGAGGGUCUUCUGAAGAGCACAGUUCCUUUGAAGACCACCACCCGUUCCACAGCAGCAAAGCCGGGUCGGUCUACUACAUCCCAGUUGCGAGUCCAGACAAUGUCCUCCAAGUUCCUGGGGCAGACUUUUGGCGGCCCAGACACUCAGCAGAGAGGCCACAGGGGGCCGCCUUGGUGCGGCAAAGGCUUUCGCGAGAAAGCAGCACUGCAACCAUUCCCAGAAGCUGAUUCAGAAUCAAAAUCAUGCCCAGGGAAGCUCAAGUAUGAUCGGCCGGGCCUUUUGUCUUUGUAUCCGCAAUGAAACACAUUCCCAUUAAGCCGAAGUGUUUCUGUAACCACAUAGCUCCACGGCCUUCAAUAGUGAAAAAUAAAACAUCUCUAUACACAAA